AUGGAGUGCUUCAAGGAGGACACUGGCUAUGCUUUCCUUCAUGAAGAAGAUUUUUCUGAUCACCUUGCUAGCUCUCCCCCUAUAGAUUUUGAUUUUGGGUUCUUGAAUAAUGAUACUGCUGUUGAUGACUCAAACCAGACCAAUAUUGGACCAUCACUUUCAAUGCCACAAAAAGACCAACCGGCUCUUGAUGCUUUUAGCGAUUUUUGUGAACUGAACCAAAUCCCAACAUCACCACCUAUGCUCGACAUGAGUGAUUCUUUUGAGGAUGACCCUUCUCCUGAUGAUUUUCUAGAUAUUGGCAAUUUAUUAUCUGAAUCAGAUAUAGAAGAAAUUGGUAAGGGUUUGUUUGAUAAAACAAAAAUCGGAGCUAAUGAAUUAAAAAUAGAAACUGGCGGCGAUGAAUCGAGCCAAGUGUCCAAGAAGAGAAUACAUCAGAUUGAUGAUACCAGAAGCAUUGAUGAUCGCAGGAAAAUGAAUGAAGAAGAGCGUAGACUACGACGUGAAAGAUCUGAGAGAGCACUUUCUCGUCAGGCAGGCUCAGCGUACGUAGGAGUCAUUAGGUUUAUCUAA